UUUACAGCAGUGUGUUCAUUAAAGUAGUUCCUGUUACCAUUCACCUGAGUCUAUCUACCUCGGUUACUGAUAGUGAUGCACCGUGUUGCUUACCGGCGAAACUGGAAAUUGAAAGUCAUAAUCUUAUCUAGCUUAUCUGUACCGAUUUACCGAUUUAUACGGUAGCAGUGUGAAAAUGGCAGCACAAGGUUUGAGUCCUGGAGAUCCAAGCUCGUUUGCAAGGCCAGAUGAAGCUGAAGUUUCUUCAGUCAGUUUGUACCUGGAUGUAGAUUUUGAACGCAAGGUUUUGUGUGGGAAAGUAGAUUUGACUGUUGAUAAGAAGAAAGCUGAAGUUACUCAUGUUCUCCUUGAUUCUAAAGAUUUGAAUAUAAUCAAAGUAACUGGCCAUGGCUCAGGCCAAGUUCUGGAAUUCUCUGUGGGUGAGAACAUAAGUACCCUUGGAUCCAAAUUGGAGAUUAAAUUACCAAGUACAACAGAAAUGAGGCUUAUGCUCAGUAUCUUGUAUGAGACGGAUGUCAAUUCUAGUGCCUUGCAGUGGCUACCGCCUGAGCAAACUGCUGGUUGUAAACAUCCCUAUCUCUUCAGUCAGUGUCAGGCAGUCCAUUGUCGUGCCAUGUUCCCAUGUCAAGAUACACCUUCUGUGAAGGUGACUUAUACUGCUGAGAUUACAGCUCCACCUGAACUGACAGUACUAAUGAGUGCAAGGCGAGUAGGUAUACCAACAAUCAUGCCGGGAGGACUGAAGCUUCACAAGUUUGAACAGCCAGUACCAAUCCCUGUUUAUUUGGUUUCCAUUGUUGUGGGCCAUCUUGAAUCAUUGAAAAUAGGACCACGUUCUCAUGUCUGGUCAGAGAAGCAGUAUGUUGAAAAGGCAGCUUAUGAAUUUGCUGAGACUGAACAAAUGUUGUUAGCUGCUGAGAGCAUUUGUGGUGAAUAUGUGUGGGGAGUCUAUGACUUGCUUGUUCUACCACCCUCUUUUCCCUUUGGAGGAAUGGAGAAUCCUUGUCUCACCUUUGUUACUCCAACUGUGUUGGCAGGAGAUAGGUCUCUUGCUGAUGUAGUGGCUCAUGAAAUCAGCCACAGUUGGACUGGAAAUUUGGUUACUAACCGGAACUUUGAACAUUUCUGGCUUAAUGAAGGAUUCACAGUAUUUGUGGAACGUAAGAUUCUGGCAAAGUUGUAUGGAGAGAAGGCUCGACAUUUUUCAGCAAUUGGUGGAUUGAAGGACCUGAAAGAUGCAAUAUCAGCCCUUGGAGAAAACAGCCCUCUGACAUGUCUAGUGCCAGAUUUGAGAGGAAUUUCUCCUGAGGAUGCAUUUUCUACUGUCCCCUAUGAGAAAGGUCAUACUCUUCUGUUCCAUCUUGAAGAGCUUGCUGGAGGACCAGAGGUAUUUGAUCCAUUCCUGAAAGCAUACAUAACUAAAUUUAAAUACAAAUCAAUAGACACAGAUGAUUUUAAGAAGUUUUUAUAUGAAUACUUUCCAAACAAUAGCCUACUUAAGGAGGUGGACUGGAAAGAAUGGUUGUUCAAACCUGGAAUGCCUCCUGUUAUUCCCAAGUAUGACACCUCAUUACAAGAAGUAUGCACAGGUCUGUGUAUUAAAUGGAUGGAAUGGGAUGCAGUGGCAGGUGGUCCUUGUCCAUUUAAACCUGACGACAUAAAUAAUAUGAGUUCCGGACAGGUGCGAGAAUUUUUGGCUCAGCUGCUUGAGGAGAACCCUUUGUCUGUUACCAAGCUACAGACAAUGGAGAAUACAUACAAAUUAAAUUCCAUGGGCAAUUCUGAGAUAUAUUUCAGGUGGCUUCGGUUGGGUAUCAAGGGCAGGUGGAAAGAGCAGGUGGACCGUGCACUAGAGUUCGUUGUUGCACAAGGCCGUAUGAAAUUUGUUCGGCCCCUUUACAGGGACAUGUAUGACUGGGAAGAUGUGAGAGACAAGGCAAUAGCUGUGUUUAAAUCUAACAAGUCCAAGAUGAUGUAUUUGACUGCCUACACUGUUGCCAAGGAUUUGCAUUUGGAAUCCUGAAGUGCAGCUUCUGGAUAAGCUGCUAUAUGCAUCCAUAUAGGCUGACUGAGAUGAGUCCACUGAGAUAUUUGAAGUGAAGUAUUGAGAUCUCAUUGAUAAUUCUUGAGGUGAAUGCUGUGUGUAUAAUUUUAAUUUGGCUGAUUAGUGCAUACAGGGUACAGGGAUUAAUUAAGAUUUGAAAGAACUUGAUGCAUCACUGUAGCAAUGAGUCCCAUACUAAGUGUGUGGGCCCAUUAUGUGGUAUUUCUAGGACUUAAGUUGGUCAAUUUUUAAUUUUCUUGUUUAUAUUUACAUGUUAUGGGGCACUAUGCUACAAGCCAGAAAGUUGCUGGUUCAAGU